CGGGAACUGGCGCCAUCUUGUGUCUUCAACAGGAGGCGACGAACAGAUGUUGAGUUUCUGAAUCUAUAACAUCAAAUUUUUAAAAUAUGAAACCAGAUUAAAGCUUAGUGAAGCUGAAACGAUGAGUCAUCGGUUCGUCAGCUCGUCGGGUUCAGUCCUCGAGCCUCGAACAGGCGGAAAGUGAAAGUGAAAGUAAAACUCGUCGCAGUUCGUUAACAGGAGCUCGAAGAGGAGACACGAGAUCAGAUCCACCGAACUGAAGGAUCAGACUCCGCCCCCUGCACGCUGACCCUCCCAGAAGGAAGAUGAAUGAACUGGUGACCUGUGGAUUCUUCUGUCUCAUCGUGGACGCGGUGCUGACUCUGUGUCUGUGGGCCGGACUGGUUCUGCUGCGCUGCCCCGGCUGUGGUCCACUGGUCGGCCUGUGGACCUUCGGGGUGGUGAAGUGGGUUCUGCUCCACGUCUAUGCCUCCAUGCUGGCGGAGGGAAAGCCCCGGGCGGUGCUCAGCCGGCUCGUGGCCCUCCUCUGCCUCCUGCCUCCCGUGGUGGAGAGUGGACGGUUCCUCACGGCAGAUUCCUCUGAGGCUCACAUGGGCCGGGGGGGCGCCGACCUCAGCGCGCUGCUCAUGGGCUCCGUGGCCUCGGCAGUGGCCUGUGUCUUCUGGGAAAACCUUUUCUGCGGCGAUGGAAAGAAAAGAGACGCCGACACGGUGAACUCCAAACAGCUGCUUACGAGGCUGUUGAAAUACUGCAGACCAGACACCCUUCACCUGAUUGCUGCUUUCAGUUUCCUCAUCUUAGCAGUGAUGUGCGACUCUCUCAUCCCACUGUAUCAGGGGAAGGUCAUCGAUAUGCUGGGAGGUCAGACGGCUCAAAGCAGCUUCUGUUAUUCAAUCGGACAGCUGGCACUCCUCUCUCUCGGAAGUGCUUUGUUCUCAGGCCUGAGAGGAGGCAUCUUCAUGUGCAGCCUGGCCCGACUGAACAAGAGACUGAAGCAUCUGCUGUUCCACACGCUGCUGCAGCAGGACGUGAACUUCUUCGACGAAAACAAACCUGGACCUCUGUCCUCCCGCCUGCACUCGGACGUGGACAGGAUGGGACGCACCGUGGCACUGAACUCAAACCUCCUGGUUCGCAGCACAGUGAGAACCGGCCUCAUGCUCAAAGUGAUGCUGGGUCUGUCCUGGGAGCUCACCCUGCUCACCUGCAUCGAGAUGCCUCUGGUCGGCCUAGUGCAGAACAAGUACAGCACUUUGUCCAAGGCGAUGAAGGAUCAGAUCCAGGACUGUCAGGCUCAGAACUCCGACCUGGCCUCCCAGACGAUCGGCGGGAUCCGAACAGUCCGCAGCUUCAGAGCCGAGAGCGAUGAAGUGAGGAGGUACAACAAGGCUCUGGACCAGAUGAGUCGGAUCAGGAGACGUUCAAGAGUCUGCAGUGCCGUCUUCCUCCUGAUGCGGAGGGUGGUGACUCUGACGAUAAAGAUCCUGAUGCUGUUACAAGCUCGCAGCCUCAUCUCGUCCGACCGGCUCAGCGUGGGCAACCUGGUGACCUUCUUCCUGUACCAGAAGCCCAUGUCACAGAGUCUACAGGAGCUGUUGUACUGCUACGGAGAAACGGUUUCCACGAUGGGUGUCAUCUCCAAAGUAUUUAGUUACAUCGACAGGAAGCCGAAGUCCCAGAAGGCCGGAGAUUUAGCUCCUGAGAAGCUGCGAGGAAGAGUCUCUUUCCAGGAUGUGACCUUCUCCUACCCCUCAGCGGCUCCAGGUGCCAGCGUCCUGAAGUCGGUUUCUAUGGAGCUGCAGCCAGGCAAGGUCACAGCCCUGGUGGGUCCCAGCGGCAGUGGGAAGACCUCCUGUGUCAGUCUCCUGAAGAGACUGUAUGAACCUCAGGAGGGACAGAUCCUGCUGGACGGGGAGCCGCUGCACCGCUACGACCACAAGUUCCUCCAUCAACAGGUGGCCCUGGUCUCCCAGAAUCCGGUGCUGUUUUCCGGUUCGCUGAGAUACAACAUUGAGUACGGCCUGAGGGACUGCAGCAUCGAGAAGAUCAGAGAAGUCGCGAAGAAGAUCAACGUGGAUGAGUUCAUAUUGGAGCUGAAGGAUGAGUACGACACGGAUAUCGGAGAAUGUGGCAGCAAACUGUCCGAUGGGUUGAAGCAGUGCAUCGCCAUCAUCAGAGCUCUGGUUCGAGAUCCGCGGGUCAUCGUCCUGGACGAGGCCACCAGCAAACUGGAUGUUAAAGCACAGCACACUGUCCUGCCGGAGAUUCUGUCCCGUGGUCGCACCGUCCUGGUGGUGGCUCAUCAGCUGAAGACCGUGGAGGAGGCCGACCACAUCAUCUUCAUGGAGAACGGGGUGGUCGUGGAACAGGGGACACACAGAGAACUCAUGGCCCAGGGGGGACGAUACCACCGGUUGAGAGAGGAGCUCUUCUCUUCUCCAGCAGCAGCUCAGGACUGAACGUGUGAACACUUCAGUGAGACGUGUCUGUCUUCAUGGUAUCAGGCCUUUCUAUCAGCCUGCAUGUUACCAGGACAUCAACAUGAAGCCGUGUGGUAAAGAAUAUCAAAUGUGUUUUAACUUGUAUUUCACUGUCAAUAUUACUUUAUGGAGAGUUUUGUUAUUUUAUGUUUUUUUGUUUUUGCUAAAGACAAUUAUCAGACGUGUUGGAAUUUGUUCAUAAACAGGAUGUUUUGUUUUGUUGUUCAUCCAAAUCCAAUGUUGCUGGUUUGAUGUGAGAACAGCAGGACGCUGUGGCGGGUAAUAAAGUGUAAACAUUCACAGGACCAAUCAGGGGCCUUCUCCUGUUAACUUUAAACACCAGGCGUGUCUGCACUGCAUCACUACUCCAGGGGCCGAUUUCAAAGAUAAUAAACAAGAGCAGUGUCCCUCAACCAGAUCCUUUGUGUGUAACAACUAUGUGAAUAAUGCUGAAAAUAACAGUGAAAUCCUGCACCACUGACCUCAGAUCAGGCUUUUGUUGACUUUGUGCUUCCUCUAUUGAAAUCCACCCGACAGCGGCUCGUUGCUCAACAGGGCCGGCUGCUCAGAUGAGUGUAUCUGCUUUUAACAAUAAAAGUGGGUGUGGGGCAGGAAAAUGACAA